GCCCGGCGGGAGCGGCACCGGAACCCUGAACCCCGACCCCGCACGGAGCCGCCGCGGGGCUGGGGAGCCCCUGCCAGAAAAUGUUGCUGUCCUGACCAGCAGUCAUGAAGAGAAGGGGGUGAAGCGAAUUUGUCUGGAGAAAUAGGAAGUUUUGAAGUUUCCAGUGGGAUUUAUUACCAGAAGGUGUUGCCAAGCCAACCGUUGACACUGGAAUGGAUGAAAAGCCUCAGAGUUGAGCGCUUGUUUGCUAUGCUUCAGCCUCGUUUCCUGCUGUGUCCUGACCCCGGAGUGAGCACUGGCUGGGCUGCAAGGUUGGCAUUUCCAGCAUGAUCAGUGCUCAAAGGAGUGGCUGUACUACGUGAGCAGAGUGGAAACAUAUGGAUGAAAUGCUUACCAUGCACUGAGCAGCACGGCACCAAGCACAGAGCUCCGGGAAAAUGUCUGCUUGCAACACUUUCACUGAGCACGUCUGGAAACCCGGAGAAUGUAAGAACUGCUUCAAGCCCAAAAGCUUGCACCAGUUACCCCCCGUGUCAGAAAAGAAGCCCCUCUCGCAUGGAAAUCUGAAACCCAAUGCGAACCAAAGCAACAGCCAGCGGGGCAGAAACAGCGGGAGCUUCCGACCGCCCGUGGCCAAGAAACCCACCAUAGCUGUGAAACCCACCAUGAUGGUGGUGGAUGGGCAGGGCGUGUGUGCCGAGAUCACCACGCUGGAGCAGGGGGAGAACAAGCCCCUGCCUGCGGGGUGGAACCGAAACAAAGCGGCCUUGAACAAAAAACCACUGAACAACAACAACGAGGAGGAAAUCGAAGGUUACAGCCACGUCUCCAGGCCUUACGGCAACAACGAGGGGGUGGGGAAGGUACCAAAUAACAAUAAUAACGGACUGACAGAAGUUUUGAAGGAGAUUGCAGGUUUGGACACCACACCUCAGCUCACCGGAAACGAAACGAACUCGAGAGAAACCUUCUUGGGAAGGAUAAAUAAUUGCUAUAAAAGGUCAUUAGAAAGAAAGAUCCCUCCGAGCUGCAUGGUGGGUGGAAUGAAGGAUUCACAGAGUAAGCACGUUAUUCUGAGUGGAAGCACUGAAGUAAUAAGUAAUGAAGGUGGACGUUUCUGUUAUCCAGAGUUCUCUAGCGGAGAUGAGAGUGAGGAUGACACGUUUUUUGACAGCAUGCAGGAAGAGCAUGAGAGCUGGGACGAGAGUGAUGAAGAGUUGCUAGCGAUGGAAAUUCGCAUGAGGGGCCAGCCCCGCUUUGCCAACUUCAGAGCUAACACCCUGUCUCCUGUGCCGUUCUGUGUGGACAAAAAAUGGAACACUGUGCCCCUUCGGAACAAGUCUCUGCAGAGGAUCUGUGCAGUAGAUUAUGACGACAGUUAUGAUGAAAUUUUAAAUGGUUACGGGGAAGAGACUGUGAUUCUUUAUGGGCAGGAGAGCAUGCAGAGCAUGGUAUCGUCUGAUUCCACGUCUCCUGAUUCUUCUUUGACAGAAGAGUCUCGUUCUGGAACAACGAGCAGUUCUUCACAGAAGCUCUGUAACGGAGGGUUAUCUCCUAGCACUCCUCAGGACCUCAAAUUGAUUGAACCAGAAUAUGAAAGUCUUUGUGACGAUCAGCAAGUGAAGGAUGUGUCAAAAGCGCCCAGAAAUGCUCCAAAAAGUCUAGAAACUCACAAGGCAGUCCUGGCGCUUCGACUGGAGGAGAAGGAUGGCAAAAUUGCUGUGCAGACUGAUAAGCAAGAGAAUAAAAGUUCUUCAGAUGUUGCUGGUCAAGCCGUAACCAUUAAUUUGGUGCCCGUGGAGGAGCAAGCUAAACCUUACAGGGUGGUGAACAUGGAACAGCCAGUGUGCAAGCCAUAUACUGUAGUGGAUGUAUCAGCUGCCAUGACCAAUGAAUGUAAGGAGAAUCAGACUGAAACCUCAGAAACCAAAAAUGCAUCAUCUAACCCAAGCUCGCCAGUAACUCCAGGCACACCUGUUGCCUCCUCUGCAGCAUCACCUGUACGUGUAAAUGCUAACCUGAAAAAAUCCAGUGCAAUCAGAUACCAGGAAGUGUGGACUUCUAGUACUAGUCCAAGACAGAAGAUACCCAAGGUGGAGCUGAUUGCAAACAGCUCAGGACCUUCCGUUCCUCCCAGGAAGACAAGCCACAAGUCAGCUCCUACUUCACCUACAGCUACAAACAUUUCUUCAAAAACCAUCCCGGUUAAGUCUCCCAAUCUAUCUGAGAUAAAAUUCAACAGCUACAACAAUGCUGGCAUGCCACCUUUUCCUAUUAUCAUUCAUGAUGAGCCCACUUAUGCCAAGAGUUCCAAAAAUGCUAUUAAAGUUCCAAUUGUAAUCAAUCCAAAUGCUUAUGAUAACCUGGCUAUCUAUAAAAGUUUUCUAGGGACCAGCGGGGAGCUGUCCAUCAAAGAUAAAACUACUAGUGUGAUAAGCCAUACAUAUGAAGAAAUAGAAACAGAAAGUACAAUAACUGAAGCCAUAGGCAGUAAACCCGCUGAGCUGUCCCAACCAAAGGGGGUGACGAAUAGCUCUGAGUGCAGGCUGGGUUCUGUGGCUCAAAAGGUCCAAGAGUUCAACAGCUGUCUCAGUAAAAGCCAGAUAUCCCCACAGAGAAGUCACAGUGCUGACCACAGCUCCCCAUCAAGAGCUCAAAAGGCCACGCCAGAGCCUGCAGCAAAAACAGACGUAACUCCGGAGGGUUCUGUUGGCAGCAGCGGUGGCAGAGAGAAUGCAAGCACGGUGCUCUCACAGAUUGUGGCUUCUAUCCAGCCUCCACAAUCUCCUCCAGAAACACCUCAGUCUGGGCCCAAGUCCUGUAGUGUACAAGAACUGUAUUCCUUACCUCCGGAGGGAGACGCUCCUAAAAACACCCUGGUACGACCCAAAUCUCUGUUUACGUCACAGCCUGAAGUAGAGCCCUCCAAGACGGCAGAAAACACCGCUGGGAAAGUGCCGAAGGAUCCGCUGUCCCAGCUGGCUGCCACUCCCUCCCCAAAGCCAGCACGAGCCACCCCGAGUGCCACGAGUCCCCAGGCAGAGCAGGCACCGCCGUUCCCGCCCCCGCGCUCCACCUCCUCGCCCUACCACGCCAGUAACUUGCUGCAAAGACAUUUCAGCAACUGGAGCAAACCCACCAGCCCCACCAGGUCCACGGAGGCCGAGUCCAUCCUGCACUCGGAGGGGCGUCGCGCCGACGCCAAACCCAAACGCUGGAUAUCGUUCAAGAGCUUCUUCCGCCGCAGGAAACCCGACGAUGAAGAAGACAAAGAGAAGGAGAGAGAGAGGGGGAAGCUGGUGGGUCUGGAUGGAACUGUCAUCCACAUGCUCCCCCCUCCCCCAGUUCAGCGGCACCACUGGUUCAGCGAGGCCAAGUCGGACUCCAGCGAGAAGCCCUCCAUCGUGUUCAUGUACCGCUGUGAGCCGGCGCCGGCCGAGCCCAAGGCUGACCUGCCACCCAAGGGGGGAGUGGAGUCUGCCAUCGCAGAGGCACUGGCAAAAGACAAGGGAGAAGUGCAGGAAAAGCCUCCAGAGAGCUCUGAACAGAACGCAGCGAGCCAUUCCUCACCACCUCAGAUUCCCAAGAAAAUCCCCAGCACACCAGAACACUGUGGAAUCAAUGGCUCGCCAGAGUUUCAAGACAUGAUUAAAAGACUCAAGAAGGCCCUGAAAGAAUUUCCUUUAAUGGGGAAUUGUGUGAGUGAGUACAAGCACAAAUAUGAGCAGCAGAUGCAAAGUACUUUAAUCUUCUGUUACUAUUAUUCCACAGGACAGUCCAGAGCAACCAUGAUACCUCCAAAACAGCCGAGGCAACCGAAGGGAGCUCUGGAUGAUGCCAUUGCCUUUGGAGGACUGGUAGAUCAGGAGACAGUGAACAACUUGCAGCCAACACCACCUCCACUGCCAAAGAAAACAAUCCUGAGAGCUAACACCGAGCCGACUCCCAGAGAUCUCCAGAAGCAGGCUCUGGAGAACAACCUGUGCAUCAUGGCCAACCCCACCUACGACAUCGACACUAACUGGGAAGCGAGCAGUGCCUGCUCCUCUGUCAGCCUGGAGCUCAAGGUACUGGACAACGAGUCCGGAGAUUCCUUGGACAGGCCUACGGAAAAACUGAGGGCAACCACGUCGGCGACGAACAGUGUUUCCAGCCUAACCACUAUCAGUAUUAAGGACCGGUGCUCCAACAGCAUGGAGUCCCUGACAGGGAGGCACCUCUCGCAGGCCAGGCAGGGCAGGGGGGUGCAGAAGCCGCAGAGACAAGCACUUUACCGUGGGAUCGAGAACCGGGAGGAGGUGGUGGGUAAGAUCCGAGGCCUCCACGCCGACUCCCUGAAGAAGCUGGCACUGAAAUGCGAGGAUCUGUUCAUGGCCGGGCAGAAGGACCAGCUGCGCUUCGGGGUGGACAGCUGGUCCGACUUCCGGCUCACCAGCGACAAGCCCUGCUGCGAGGCCGGCGACGCCGUCUACUACCCGGCCUCCUACGCCAAGGAUCCCCUCAACAAUUACGCAGUCAAGAUUUGUAAGAGCAAAGCCAAGGAGUCCCAGCAGUAUUAUCACAGCCUGUCCAUCCGGCAGAGCCUGGCCAUCAACUUCAACAUCCAGCAGGACUGUGGCCAUUUCCUGGCGGAAGUGCCAGUCCGUCUCCUGCCGUGGGAGGACGAUGACGCGCCGGACGUGGAAGAAGAAGAAGAGCGGGAGGAAGAGGAGAAAGAACCCGAGCAGAAGAACAGAGACGCGGCUUCCAGUGCGGAGGGUGCAGCCAGAGAGGGCUCCAGCAGGGCGGGGACCCUGAGCCGGCCCCGCAGCCGCGUCGUGGUCAUCACACGGGAGGUGCCGCACCUGACCGUGGCCGACUUCGUGCGCGAGUCCGAGCCCCGCCACGCCAAAAGCCCCGACCUGUACGAGAGGCAGGUCUGUCUGCUCCUCCUGCAGCUGUGCUUGGGCCUGGAGCACCUGAAGCCAUAUCACAUCACACACUGUGAUCUGCGCUUGGAGAACCUGCUGCUGGUUCACUCCAGGCCGGGAGGCAGCCCCCUGAGCCCCGAGUCCAUGGAGCACGGUCCCAACACCGCCUGCCCAGCCAGGCUCAUAGUGAGCAAUUUCUCCCAGGCCAAGCAGAAGAGUCACAUGGUGGAUCCAGAGGUCCUACGGGAUCAGUCCCGCCUGGCUCCAGAAAUCAUCACCGCGACACAAUACAAAAAGUGUGAUGAGUUCCAGACUGGCAUCCUCAUCUACGAAAUGCUGCACUUACCCAACCCCUUCGAUGAGAAUCCAGAGCUGAAAGAGAAGGAGUACACUCGUGCUGAUCUCCCGAAGAUUCCAUGUCGUUCCCUUUACUCUCAAGGGCUUCAACAACUUGCCAGCUGCCUGCUGAAUCCCAACCCUUCAGAGAGGAUCCUGAUAUCAGAAGCCAAGGGAAUCCUGCAGUGUUUGCUUUGGGGUCCACGUGAGGACUUGUUCCACGCUCUGAGUACCUCUUCCAACCCCUCACGGAGAGAUGCUAUACUUCAGAACUGGCUGGACAUAAAAAGGACGCUGCUGAUGAUCAAGUUUGCAGAGAAGUCCUUGGAGAGGGACUGUGGAAUUAUUCUGGAAGACUGGCUUUGUUGUCAGUAUCUGGCUUUUGCCACUACGGACUCACUUCAUCGCAUUGUGAGAAUCAUGAAGCAGCACUAGUUUGUAGAGCCUGUUGCUUUUCAUGAAGCACCCUCACCUCUGCCCCUGCCCUCACUCCAGCCUGCACUAGGGCUCAUUUUUGUACAAGUGUUAAAAACAGCCUAGAUAUCAAAGCCAGCAACUCUGAGCAAAUAGGUUCUUAUUGGAGAAAUUGCAUCCUGUACCCAGUCUGACAGAAACUUUACGGUUUUUUGCUGGGCCUGUUAGGGAUUGAUUAUAUAUGCAUGACUGCAUUUGGAUCAGACAGUACGUGACUUGAUUCAUAUCUGGCAGAAAAGGAGAGCAAACUUUGAUACCACUAUUUCUACCACUGCAGUAAACAAAUUGCCCUCCUGUUCUGGGUAGUUUCUGUCCUUUCCUGUGUAGCACUGGUUAGUGAAUAGCAGUGACCAUCAGCAGAGAUGGAUUAGUUGCAAAUGUGAGAUGAAUGAUCCACCGUGCCACAAAACACUCAUUUGCUUCCAUUCCACAUAUCACACAAAAUUUCUUCUCAGCUUAAUCAGUCACCCACAAGUGGGCUGUGCUCCUCUUUCCUUUGGUCUCAACCACACACAGACUUUGCUGUAUUUUCCUCCCCAGAUGUGUUUUUCCUGAUGACUGUGGCAAGUGUCAGUGAGCAUCUGUGUUCAGUCCCCUUCCCUCCUUCUCUGCCUCACUGCCUACCCAUACCCUGUCUAACCAUGGAUCCAUGAGUUCAACAACGCUGCCUUAACCAGACCAUUACCCUUAGCUUAUGACCUCUGCAUUAAAAAGCAGAAUAUGCACACUUUGUCUAUCCUGUUUCCCAGGUGCCAUUCACCAGUCUGGACUGUUGAUGUACUGUAGCCAUAACUGCAUUUAUACAAGAACAAGACAAUGGUGGGCCACUGAAAUUCCCCCUCCAUCACAAAAGGCACUAAAGCCUGACUUGAAAUGGGUAGGACAUACAUAACCUUCUCUGACAAUCACUGCUAUGAAUCGAGGAUGAAAAUAACAGCCACCUCUUCUGUUUUAUUUUGGUCUGCUCUUGUCACUUGGGCCAUACUGCAAAAUGGGACUGAAAUUGGCUCUGCUGGUUUGUUGGCAGGAGAUAGAAAUGUUUAAAACUUGUCUGCGUGUAGCUCACAGGCCACAUGGAGACACUUCUACUGCAGAUGUAGUUCCCUGAAGGGUAAAAACAAGGGGGCAAAAACACUGUUGUUUAAUUACUGAGAGAACUGUUAAGUUUGGCAGCCACAGCUGACAGGAUCGUGGUCCAUGUUCCCCACAGCAGUGUCUGGCUGCCUGUCUCUGUCUGUUGUAACUAUUGUUUUCUAAUGUUGCAACAGACAACACCCCAAAAAUGGAAUGUUGUCAGAAGAGCUCAAGGAGCACCACAGACAGAGUUUUGGAUGAGAGGUGGAAUUAGUGGGAAUUAAAGAGUCAGAAUUUCUAAAAACUCAACCUGAAGGAGCUUUUUCACUUUUAGAGGCCACUGCUGAGUCCCUUCCAUGCCCUAACAGCCAUUUCCCAUGGAACCUAUGCAGUUGUACAGACAAUACCUUUGCUCAGUAUUGCCAGGCUGUGAGUUGUUUCCUGAAUCACUCUGAAGAACUGAUCUGGAUGCAGGGAAAAAAGUGAUCCUGAAUAUUCUGACCCAGGUGAUGGAAAGCAGACAGCCCUAGUUAUGAGCCUGUGCUUCUCUCCUAUGGAUCUAUGUGCAAUUCUUGUAUUAUUUUUUAAAGCUGUACAUUACAGUGUUCACUUUACACACCAGCCUUUACCUGACGCUAGAUCUGCAGCCCCUUCCUUUACUUUCCUGGCACAUAAAUGCACAGAUAUCCAUGUGUUCUUUUUUUUAUGGAUUGACAUUUCCUUUUAAUUGUUAAAACUGUGAGGAAUCCAUUCACUUCAGCCUUGAAACAAAUAGCCACUUUAUACAGCAUAUGCAUGCUUGGACCAGAUGCAUGGAAACUGAACAAACAGUCCUGCAGGCUCAAAGUCAGCAAAACUAGCUCUGGAUCCACACCCUACCUUGGAGGGGCUGACAUGUCUAUCUUGCUCUUCUCUGGCAUCUCUCAGAGCUAAGCUGAAGGGCAUGUGGAAGCCUACAUCGAUUGUGCUGUAGUAUAGACUGUCUUUGUGACCUUCCUGAAGAAUUUUUGAAACUUCUGAUGAUUAUUCUGUUGUUUGAUUCACCUGUAUCAGUGAAGGAUCAGGCAAGGAUAAGGAUAAUAUAUUUUAGUGUGAUAUAUAUUUUUUGUUUCUUUCUCUUUUUUGCAAAAAGGUUAGGAUGGCGGCAUUGAUGCAGAAAAACAGGACAGUGCAUUAAAAGCCCAAGUGCAAUGUGUGUAGUUGAGGUACCUCCACUACAUCAGGAAAGAAAGUUUCUACACUACUGCUGAGCAGCUCGUAGAAGAACCUUUACAAAGAAUCCCACGUUGGGUGCAGCCCUGCUUUCCCUGGACACAGGAGGGCAAUGCUCUCCCAGGUUAACCCGGCGAGCAUGGCAAGGCACUCGUGUACUCUCUAGUAGCUGUUAGUCAGUGUGUGAGCUACGAGUAGGGCUUUUGUUCCCCGUGUGCUCUGUGUUGUGUUUGUUCCAUAGUGUGUGUGUGUGCACCCGACCUCCCAGCUACCCUGGGCAGGAGCCUCACACCACUCGCCAUUGCAGCGAUUCCCUGAAGCCGGUGGGUGUUCCCGUGUUUGCGGACACGUGUUCCCAGUGUCCCUCCCGUGUCAACGUGCACAUGCCAAGUUGAAUUUUGAAUGUUCUCCGACCGUUCGUGUUGAUGCAGCUGGUCCGACGCCUUUGUAUCUCUAGCUAUCUAAUUUCAGUUUGUAUCUGUUGUGAUGAACCAGUACUCAUUUUAGCUCUGCAGUAUAAUCAAGCAUGGAUAGAUGUUCACUACCAAUCUCUUUCUUGUGCAGCACUGGGUAAACUUUAGCAUUUUGUAAUGUCGUGUGGUCUUUUUCUUUAAAAAAGAAAGAAUGGUCAAUGUAGUCAAACCUGAUCUGGCCUGAGCUCUUCCUCGAGGAGCCUGAGGCUGACUUUGCAGAUCUGCCCAUAACUGAUGAUUGUAACUUGUGUUUGUGGUGGUUCUCCAUCCUGGCACCAGAUUGUGCCACGUAAAUAUACAGGAAUGUAUGCAUUAAACUGAUUGUAAGCAAAUCCUAAGAAUGCUACAGCAUAAUUGCUAAGCAAAAGGAAAAAAACCCGCUCUGUUUGCAACAGGAUCCUGUGUACGACAGGAACAAAACCCCUGGCUGUGCAUGUUAGAACUUACUUGAAUAUGUGCACAGAUCUUGAAUUUUUUUUUAGCAAUGUCGCACUUUCAGUUGAGCUCAAGAAAUAGGAAGAGCUGCAAAUCUAAGAUAACAGUAUUGACUGUAAAUAUAUAUUUUUCUAUUAAUAAAAGCUGUCAUUCAAAUAUUUUUAACAUGAACUCUAAAGAUUUUUCCAGUGCAAACUAAUUUCUGGGAAAAUCAAAUGCUUGUUUGAAGAAUUAUGAUGAGUGGUUUCUGAUCCUAUUAGAGCCAUUAAAACCCUCUCUAAUGUUACAGAGAGAGCACAGUGAUUGGAUUCACAAUGUUUAGUGCCUUGUCAAAAACCUGAAAUGUAGCUGGUCAGUUGGUGGGAAUCUUACUCUUUUCAUAACAGCCCUAGAAAUAAUCCUGCCCACAUAAAGAUGCAAAAUACUUUACAAAAUUGAAUGCUGUACUUCAUAAGAGACUAGGUUGAUCUGUUCCAUGAGAUUUGUGUUUGGGGUUUAUGUGACUGGGUCCCUUUAAGUUGCUUGUAGUACAGCAUAAACCUGAAGUAACAAAAUCGUGGGCUUUCAAAUUUGGGAUCUGCACAGGGAGAAUAAUAGUGGAUAACAAGUCAGUUGGUGUGGACUGACCAGGCAUUGAGAGAAGCCUUUUGCUUUGACAAUCUGCUACAGACACUCUGCUGUGGGAAGGUGAGGAAUUAGUGUGGGAGAAGCGGUGAAGGUGAGAUGUGCUGCUCCUGCUGUAGGCAGGGGAGGUACUGCACACAACCUCUGUUCCAACAGGAGUGCUGAAAAAACUACUCUGAGAUGUUAUGGAAAAUGGGUUAGGUUUGUAUUCCUUAAGUGGGAAUGACUUAUUCACUAAUUAUCUGUCAAACCUCAGAUCUGAUCUGGUCAAUAUGCAUAACCAGGUGAAUAUAAAGAGAAUCUACUAGUAAAAGCUUGCCUACAAAUUUUCAGGAAUGAGGGAAUCCAGAAAUUUCAUCUGGAGCCCCUGGAAUGUCCAAACAUAGAAGCCUGGUCUCACUUCAACAUUCAGACCUGAUGAAACCAGUAACUCCAGCUGGGACACCACGUUACUGGUGCACAGAUGAAAAUGCACGGGAGCGUUUACAGAAAUGUUCCACCUUAAAGCUUUUAUGCUCCACACAUCCCAGCAGCACCCACAAGGUAGGAAUGGAUCACCUUGACAUGUUAACACAAGGGAAUUCCCACGUGUUACAGAGAAAAAUAUACUAUUUAAGUAAGUUAUGUGUUAGGGUUCAGCUAUGUAGAGAAUUUAUUCAGCAGCUUCACACUGUAGGUCCUUAAUUUUAACAUGUAUUUGCUGCUGAAAUAAAAUGUAACUGUUUCUCAUGUCCCAUCUAAAUUAACUUUUUUUGUUCAUAAUAGCAAGUAAAUCCAUAUGUAAAUAUAUAUGAAAUAGUCCUAUUUUUAUUUAAAUCAAUUUUAACUUUUCUGAGGGAUACAGUAGAAACUGAGUCAGAGCUUUUAAUGCACUUUCUUUUCCCCCUUUCCCCAAAUUGGCUGUUUGUUUCUCUGUACAAACAGUACUUGGCCAUUAUUCCCUGCCUGACUAGACCAUCAGUUUUACUCUGAUUUUGCAGAGGUGGUGUUGGUUCUGCUAAAACUUCUCUAAAACCCAGAGCACAAUCAGAGCCCUUCAGUCAGUGCAGAGAGAGUUGUGAUGAUGAUUCAGUUAUUCAGUGAGGUAACAUCGAAGAAGUGCAGAAUAGAAUUUUAAAUACCUCUGUAAAAAUACACCUGUGGAAAUAAUUCUGUAAACAAUCAUCUGGAUUCCAAACACUGCAACAGAAGAGUACACAAAAACUACUUUCCAAAAGAAACACUGGAGAGAAAUUUCUUUAGGGCACCCUCAACUCCAAAAGGAGGAGCAAGUCUUUUUCCCUGCUGUGCUGCAGAGAAUUUCUAGUAGACAUUUGUAUGGAUUUUAUUAUUCACCUGGAUGCAGUAUUAGAAAGAUGGGGAUUUUGAGUGGGUGUAGAAUGUAAUUUAAAUAAUUUCCUACAGGUCUCCUUGCAUUGGUGCUCCACUCAGCAUUUACUUGGAAACCACAGAAUGCUCUCAGAUCAAGCAGAGUUGCCAGUGAGAAAUGAAAUACUUCACUUACCUGUACAUAAGCAUUUUACCACUCUACAGAAUCUGAGAAUUUGGUUUGUACUUCAGACUAUAAAGAUAUUUUUUUUCCAUAAAUCCAAGGGGAAGAUUUCAGGGAUUUAGAAGAGGUUGGAGCUUUUUUAUAUGGAGGGAAUAUUUGUUCAUAAAUUUAUAUAUAUACAUACAUAUAUAUAUGAGUGCAUGUGGCAUGUUUUAAUAUAUAUAUGUAUGUAUAUAAAUUUUGUAUCCCAGAAGUAUUCUUUGCCCCUUUUUGCUUGAAAAUAUAUAUAUUAUAUAUUGUAUAUAUAAUAUAUAUUUAAGAGUGUGUAAAUUUUUAAAUGGUCAUUUCAUAAAUAACACCUCUUCAAAAAUGACUCAAAACUUCUGUUUCUUUGUCCUUUGACUUGUUGGUAUGAGAAGGUUUUGCAGUUGAAAUCCUUGGGUUUUUUUCUUUUAAAACUUAAUUAUGCUGAGCAUUUAAGAUUAUGUUCUUGUUUUUAAUAAAAGGGGGAAAUUUAUUUUUAAAUUAGGGAUUCCAAAAUCAAUGGACUUUUUUAAAUGGGAUUUCUUUAAAUGCCUUGAAUAAGGGAAUUUUUUUUUUUUCAAUUUCAACUCAAUUCUUGUGGGUAAUUUGUAUUUGGAAUUCCUGGUUGCAUUGCUUUAUCUGGUGCUUCAUAUUGAUAUUUACACAUUUUUAUAUCAAUAAGUAUAUAAACUUCAAGCCUUCCUUUGUGAUCAGGGGCAGUUACACUCUGGUUUGCUGUGGUACUUUGCUGUGUACUCUGUGGCAUUCAUGUUACUGUGUAUAUAAACUAGUUUUAUUACACUCAAAA